UUCCUUUUCAUUUGUCAGUUGUAAACGUGGGUUUUGCAAAUCCUCCUGGUAAAGAAUUCAUAAAGAAUUCUUUUAGCUAAACUUGGCUAAACACUGUGACUGCUGAGCACUGAGGCUAAAAUUUAGAGACUUGCACAGGGGAACUACUGUACUCUACCUGACUCUUCCCGUCCAAUACCCCAAUCAACGACUCUACGUAAAGUGUGGUAAACUCGAUUGCUCUUUAGAUAUUGAAUAAUAAAAUUAUGGAGGUUAAAGUCGAAGUUAAAGAGGAAUUGGAGGAAUAUGACGAAAGAUACGUGACCAGUCAGCUGUCCACAGAAGUACGUCUCCCAGAUGUGAAGGAUGAACCUAACAAAUAUACACCUGAGUCUGGAAAUAAAGAUUAUUCAAAGGAGGAGAAUAGGACGAAAAUUAUGAAAGCACCUUCGCCUCAUAAAGAAGAGGAAUAUAUAAGUGGACACUCUGAAGAGAAGACAUUAAAUAAAAAUACGGAAACAGAUUUGAAAAUUGAUACUAAAGAAAGACCUUAUAAAUGUGAAAUAUGUGACAAGCAGUUUACUACAAAACGUUAUUUAAAUGUACACGUGAGACUUCAUAGUGGGAAAAGACCUUAUAAAUGUGAAAAUUGUGACAAGCGGUUUGCUCUAAAAUAUAAUUUAAACUUACAUUCGAGAGUUCAUACUGGCGAGGGACCUUAUAAGUGUGAAACUUGUCUUAAGCGGUUUGCUCAAAAACAUCAGUUAAAUCUGCAUAUGAGAGUUCAUACUGGCGAGAGACCGUAUGAGUGUGAAACUUGUCGUAAGCGGUUUGGACAACGUAGUACUUUAAAUAAUCAUAUGGCAGUUCAUACUGAGGAAAAACUUUAUAAAUGUAUAAUUUGUCCCAAGCAGUUUGCUCGAAAACGUUAUUUAAAUCUACACAUGAGAGUUCAUACUGGCGAAAGACCUUACGAGUGUGAGAUUUGUUUUAAGCGGUUUAGUCUUCGUACUACUUUAAAUACUCAUUUGAUAGUUCAUACUGGCAAAAGACAUUAUAAAUGUGACAUUUGUCUUAAACAGUUUGCUAAAAAACGUGAUUUAAAUGAUCAUAUUAGUAGCCAUACCGGCGAAAAACCUUAUAAAUGUGACAUUUGUCUAAAACAGUUUCGUGUAAAACGUAAUUUAAAUUCACACAUGAAAAGCCAUACUGACGACAGACCUUAUAAGUGUGAAACUUGUCUUAAGCGGUUUACUUACCUUAGUGCUUUAAGUCGACAUGUUCUAGUUCAUACUGGAGAACGACCGUAUACGUGUGAAGUUUGUCUCAAGCAGUUUUCUCAAAAAGGUGAUUUAAAUGGACAUAUGAGAGUUCACACUGGGGAAAGACCUUACGAGUGCGAUAUUUGUUUUAAGCGGUUUAGUCUUCGUAGAAAUUUAAAUGUACAUAUCAAAGUUCACACUGGUGAAAAACCUUAUAAAUGUGACAUUUGUCUUAAACAGUUCAUUACCAAAAAUUGUUUAAACAAACACAUGAGAAGUCAUACUGGUGAAAAACCGUAUAUGUGCGAGAUUUGUUUUAAGCGGUUUAGUCUACACAGUACUUUAAGUAGACAUGUCCUAAUUCACACUGGGGAAAGACCUUAUAAAUGCAAAAUUUGUCUCAAGCAGUUUUCUCAAAAAGGUGAAUUAAAUCAACAUAUGAAAGUUCACACUGAGGAAAGACCUUACGAGUGUGAGAUUUGUUUUAAGCGGUUUAGUCAUCGUGUUAAUUUAAAUAGACAUAUCAAAGUUCACACUGAAGAAAGGCCUUAUAAAUGUGAACUUUGUAGUAAACAGUUUAGGCAACAAGAUGGUUUAAAUUAUCAUAUGACAACUCACAGUGGAGAAAAGCAAUAUAACAGGAUUUAUAAAUGUGAACUUUGCUCUAAAGAGUUUUCUACUAAAUCCUCUCUGAAAAAACAUAAUAUGUCAGUUCAUACUGAUGAAAGACCUUAUGAAUGUGAAAUUUGUGAUAAGCCUUUUACUCUGCUUAGUAAUUUAAAGCAGCAUAUGGUAGUUCACACUGGUGAAAGAGCUUAUAAAUGUGAAAUUUGUAGUAAUCAGUUUACUACAAAAAGUUAUUUAAAUAUCCAUAUGAAAAUUCACGCUGGAGAAAGACAUAAAUGUGAAAUUUGUCUUAAACAGUUUACUCAACAAAGUAAUUUACGUAGACAUACAAAAGUUCACACUGAAAUUAAACCUUAUAAAUGUGAAAUUUGUCUUAAGCAAUUUUCACUACAAAGUAAUUUAAAUGAACAUGUUCUAGUUCACACUGUAGAAACACCUUAUAAAUGUGAAAUUUGUAGUAAGCAGUUUACUACAAAAGGUAAUUUAAAUGUCCAUAUGAACGUUCACACUGGAAAAAGAACUUAUAAAUGUGAAAUUUGCCUUAAGCAGUUUCCUUAUAAAUCUAAUUUAAACAGACAUGUUAAGAAAAUUCACACCAAAGAAUGACCUUCAAUGUGAAAUUGAUCUUAUCUAGUUUUCCUAACCAUCAACUACAUUUAACUACAACCAUCAACGUUCAUUUUCUGUAUGUAAUCUUAUUGGCUUGUUUUUAUCAUAUUUUUGUUUUCUUUUGUUCCGGCGGAUUGGCACCAAUUGUCUUAUCCGUAUUCCUACCAAAUAGUGGUCUAAAUCCAUAUCAGAUGCUCUGUAUGUCCUCACCUUUGUUAUGCAGUUUUCUUCAUCUAUCUCAACUAAAACAUGGACAAUUUGGUUGACUCUAUUCCCAUAUGGCGAUGGCCAUGUACCUUUGUGAAUAUCUUUUCGUUGGAAGUAUGUGCUCUUUAUUAUUAGUCCCUUUUCUUUAGCAAAAUCCACUAGGAAGUAGCCAUUUUCGUUUGUCUAUAUAUGGAAGCUGUGUUUUCCUAUUGUGGAGGAACAAUAAUUGCUCCCUGCCUAUUUUAGCAUUAGCGUCUCCUAUGACAAUCUUCAUAUCAUACUUGGGAAUAGCAGCGCCGGUUUAACCAGGGGUCUUUUGGGUGCUGUAGCACCGGGCGGUUGAAGGUUCUAGGGCGGUACGCGCGAAGCGCGUGCUGUUCCGAAAUUAUAUGAUUAUGGUAAAAUAAAAUUUGCAUACAAAUCCACAUGAUAUAAUAAUAAAAAUUUUUCUGGUUUAUCAUUAACUUGAAAACUUAACAAUAAUUUAUAAAUAAAUAAUUAUUAUUAACGUCGACGUACCUAUUGGGACCGUGCAAGUUCGGCAAAGCGACCUCUAUUUCUACGCUCUGUACUUUUAUUCGCACUUUUAAUUAUAUUGGCCAAUUAUAUUAGUCCUGGUUGCUGAAUAAUUGUCAAGGCCAUAGUCCAAAAAAAUAAUAAGAAGAAAAAAUAAGAUGCAGGUUAUGUUAUGCAAACGUAAACAAUUGUAUGUAGUAAAUAAAAUUAGUUAUUAAAAUGCAGUACUGCAAACAAAAUACAAUUAAUUUAAUUUACCUUUAUAUAAUAAUUGCAUAUCAUAUCAAUAUUGUGGAGCAAUAUAUCAUUUUUCUGCUUCAAUGACAGAAGGUAUGAAAUAUACGUCAAUUUGACAAUUCAAUUGACAAUAUGAAUUAUUUAAGAUAGUUGCAAUAUUUCUCCGCGACUCGCGCACGGUCGUUUCUCGUUUCCCUUCCAAGUACUUGCACACCGCGAAUAUGGUUUAUGCACUGUGUUCAGUUUAUGUUAUCUAAAUGUCAGAUAACGUACAAACAUGCCGCGCGCCGUAAAAUUAUAUCAUUUUACAGCGUUUAAGAAUAUAAUUAGACCAGUAAGAAUCUGUUUUUAGGUGGAUGUGAGAGGUGGCAUUCAGAUUUUUGCGGAUAAAGUUAGGUGAUAACUUCGUUAAUAAUAAUUAAUUUAUGCUCCUUCUCAAGUAUGCCCGGAACAUUAAUAAAAAAAUAAAAUAUUUAAAAAUUUCAAAACUUUUUCGUUUUUUUAUACUUUUUUUGCUUAAAACUUAAAAACUAUUCAUUUUAGAACAAAGUCCUAUAGGAAUAAAAAAAAGAUAAUUCAAUUUUCUAUCAGAUGCGAUUUGUUAAAAAUGUCUUAAUUUAUCACCCUUGCUUCAAAAUAGCAAUAAAUAUAAAAUAAGGGGGCAAAACAAACCUGUCCUUAUUCAAUUAUUUUCCAUCACUUAGGUUACACUUGGAACCUUCCUAAUUCGCUUAGAAAAUUUUUUUAAUGUGUCAAGACCGUACACCAAAUUUCAUUAAAAUUAACUUACUAGAUUUUGCAUAAUAAUUUUGCAAUCUAAACUUUUUUUAAAAAAUUAAAAUUUUUUAAAAUAUUGCACAACAAAAACUAGAACAUACAAAGAUUUGUCAAUUUUUUUACAUAUCAAGAAGUACUCCACCUAUCUAAUGCACUUUACAGAAUUGAAAUCGGAUUAUUUAAGCAGCCUCAGCAAUGUUUUAAAGUUAUAAACAAUUUUUUGGCUUAUAAACAAAUUAGUGCUGUGUCCAGGAGGGGGUGCUACGGGCUCCUUUAUUUAGAUGGACUUACCCAAGUUUUUUUAUGUAUUUUGACCCGUAGAACACGAAUUUUUUGGGUAACAGUUGAUCCGGAUGUCGAUAAGAUUGUUAUAAACAAAGAACUUGAGGAAUUACACAAAAUCGAUUUUUUGCAAAAUAAAACAUUUUUUGUAUUUCUUGGGUAAUUCUAAGCAAAAAAUGUUCUUACAAGUUUUUUCGUAGGAUGCAUAGUUUUCGAGAUAAACGCGGUGGAACUUUCAAAAAAUCGAGAAAUUGCCAUUUUUGAACGCGAAUAACGUUUGAUUAAAAAAUAAAAUAGCAAUUCUGCUGACAGCAAUUGAAAGUUUAAGUCAAAUUAUACCGGUUUUAAUUAUUAAUUGAAAUAAAGUUAAGAAAUAUUUUUGAGCCUGGGCGCGGCAUCCGUAUCAGCACCGGGCGGCAGACUGUGUUAAACCGGCACUGGGGAAUAGCCUCAUAUACUUGGUCUAGUGUGCUAUAAAAUUGCUCUUUUAUUUCUAUUUAUUUUUCUUCUGAGGGUGCAUGUAUAUUUACAAACGAUAUCUUUGGCAUUUUCCUUUUAGCCUGAUAGUGCAUAGUCUAUUCGAUACUGCUUUAAAGUAUACAACAGUUUAUUUUAAUUUCUUACUUAUCGGAAAACCUGUGCCCAAUAUUCUGUUAUUGUAUCCACUGUUAAAUAAUACGUAGCCAUCUAUUUCCUGACUGCUCUAUCCCAGUUGCUUAGUCUCUCGUAGAGCCACCAGAUCAAAUUUAUAUUUUUUGGCUUCGUUUACUAGAUGCUUCAGUUUUCCUUCCUGGAAUGAUCCUCUUAUCCGGGACCUGGACCAAAGAUAUCUGUAAAAAGAUCGAAUUUUCCUGUUUGGUUCUCAUCUGAACUUAAGAGUAAAGUCAUUGCCAAAAAGAUUGCGCAUAAAAAAUAUAAAUCUACAAAUAAGUAUCACCACUAUAUUGAAUUUAAAAAUUUGAGAGAUGAAUGCUCAUCACUCACUGAGCAGUCUUACAAUGCUUACGUUUCAAAGAUGGAAGUGAGAAUAAAUGAGAACGCUGGUGAAUUUUGGAAGUUCAUCAAAAAUAAAACCAACGGACAUGGUGCUCUCCCUGGCUCUAUGUUUCUAGGUGAGGAAAGUGAGAAUGACAAACAAAAAAUAACAGAGUUGUUUGCGAAACAUUUUGGUACUGUAUACAGCACUUUAAUGGUAAAUCUCUGGAUAACCUGGAGAGUAAUGAAAUUUUCUCACAGCAGCUGGAGGUGGAAAUUAGUAACCUCGAAGUCACUUUUGACAAUUUACUGAAUGUGUUGUUGUCAUUAAAUGCCAAUAAAGGGGCUGGCCCUGAUUUGAUACCGAAUUUGUUCCUAAGAGAAAGUGCAGUGUCCUUGUGUGAACCAUUAGUAUAUGUUCUUAAUAAAUCUCUCCAGACGGGAAUUUUCCCGAACAGAUGGAAACAUUCCUUUGUGUGUCCUAUUUUCAAGGCAGGAGAUCAUAGUGAUAUCAAAAAUUAUCGGCCAGUUUGUAUUCAGUCAGCCUUAUCUAAAGUAUUUGAAAAAAUGGUUUUGCCAAGUUUGGAUAAUUGUUUUAGGAACAUUAUUAUGGACAACCAACAUGGAUUUGUAGGCGGACGUUCUACUCUCACUAACUUCUUUUUGUAUAUCGAUAGUAUAGGUACAGCAAUGGAUGAGUGUUACGAGGUGCACUCUAUAUACACCGAUUUCAGUAAGGCCUUUGACCUACUAGAUCAUAAUGUCUUAAUUACAAAGCUGAGAAACUUUGGUAUCACUGGUUCUUUAUUAGCUUGGUUUACUUCGUAUUUGCAAGGAAGAACAUUGCAAGUAAGAUCAGCAGGAUGUGUUUCUAAUGGAUUUGAAGCCGUGUCAGGGGUUCCGCAGGGUUCCCAUUUGGGUCCUAAGCUUUUUCUGUUGUUGGUAAAUGAUAUUGGUAGGAACUUUAAAUCUGAAUAUCUGAUAUUUGCAGACGACUUGAAGAUAUUUAAAUGCAUUAGGUCAGAAUCUGAUUGUGAGGGUUUGCAGAGAGACUUGGAUUCUUUAGUACAUUGGUGCCAGGAAAAUAAUCUUAGAUUGAAUGCUUCGAAAUGCUCAUAUAUUAUUUUUUCACGUAAUAAGACCACCAGUGAUUUUAAAUACAAGAUAGGAGAUGUGGAUUUAUCUAGGGUUCAGGUAAUUAAGGAUUUAGGUGUGUUGCUGGAUAGUAAGCUAAGUUUCGUGGACCAUUAUGAUGCCAUUAUUGCGCGUGCUAAUCGGACAUUAGGGUUAGUCAUCAGAAUGUCAUAUGAUUUUAAUAAUUUGUUUGUAAUUGUGAGAUUGUUUUUGAGUUACGUUCGUUCAUUACUAGAGUAUUGUUCACUGAUUUGGAGUCCAAGUUAUGAGAAUCACAAAUAUCGAAUUGAAUCGAUUCAAAAUAAAUUCGUUAGAUAUCUGCGGUAUAGAUUAGGUACUAGAGGAAUGCAAUUGAAUUCCAGUCAGGUCAUGCAGAUGUUUCAUUUGCACCGUCUAGAGGAUCGCAGGCGAUACUUUGACCUUAAUUUCGUAUUUAAGGUGUUAAAUGGUAUUAUUGUUGCACCUAGCAUUCUGGGUCGAAUAGAUUUUUAUGUUCCAGCUAGGAAUUUGAGAAGAUUUCCCUUGCUAUCCGCUAGAUCGUGCAAUACACGUCAUGCAGAAAAUAUGCCUUAAAAUAGAAUUGUUUCUAGUGUAAAUGAGUUUCCAAAUAUAGACUUUAUGGGAGUCACACUAAAUGCUUUUAAAAGGACUAUUUCAUGUGAAUUAUUUUAAUUUGAUUUUAAUUUUUUGAUGUCGUUAGUUUAAUUGUAAGUAAUGUAAGUUAACUUGUGUUCAAUGUUUAAUUUUGACUUUUAAUUUUAAUUGUAAAAUGGAGUUUUCCGUCAAUAAAUAUUAAUUUAAUUUAUAUUCCACCUCGCAUUUUAACUAGUUCUUUAUUGCCAUUAUCUCGUUUAUUAUUUUUUGAUUCUCGGUUCCGUUUUCUUUGGUGGGUCUCCUAGUACUGCAUUCAAUUCUAGUUUUUUGCAAUGUCUUCCUUUAUAAUUUAAGUAAACAUAUUCUAGUUCAUAAUGGGGAAAGACCUUAUAAAUGUGAAAUUUGUCUCAAGCAGUUUAGGCAACUAAAUGGUUUAAAUUAUCAUAUGAGAACUCAUAGUGGAAAAAACCUCAUAAAUGUGAACUUUGCUCUAAAGAAUUUUCUCAUAAAUCCUCUCUGAAGAAACAUAAUAAUAUUAUGUCGGUUCAUGUUGGUGAAAGACCUGAUGAAUGUGAAAUUUGUGAUAAGAAUUUUACUCUCCUAAGUAAUUUAAAGCACCAUAAUAUGGUAGUUUACACUGGAGAAAGACCUUAUAAAUGUGAAAAUUGUCUUAAGCAAUUUUCACUACAAAGUAGUUUAAAUGAACAUGUUAUAGUUCACAUUGGAGAAAGAACUUAUAAAUGUGAAAUUUGCCUUAAGCAGUUUCCUUAUAAAUCUAGUUUAAACACAUAUAUUAUGAAAAUUCACACCAAAGAAUGACAUUAAAUGUGCCAUCCACAUUGUAACAACAUGCUAUUUCCACUAAACAUCAUAUCGACUUCACAAAAGGCAAAAUACUCACCAAAAUUAUCAAAGAUGCACUUUCAUCGAGAUGUGUGAAAUUCUCAAAAAUCCAUCUGCUUUAAAUAAAAGAACUGAUAUCGAUAAUUUGAGCCAGGUUACCACUCAAUUCACAAUUUUUAAAGAAAACUUUUGAGACAACUGGCUAUGCUGUUCUUAAUUUUGUUAAUUCUUCAUUAACCCUUAAACACCCAACCUUUUUUAGGUUCCAUGUACGCCCAAGGGUGGGUAAAAAAUGUCCACCUCGAAAAUAGCUAAUAUAUUUAUUGAGAGUUAUUGCAAAUGGAUUAAACUUAAUAAUCUUAUGCUUAAUAAACACAGCAUCUUCUAAAAUCUAAAAUAUUAAUAUAAAUAAUUUACAAACCUUACAACAAAAUUACAAUGUACAUCAAAAUUGACAUACCAGUAAAACCCAGUAAUUCAGAUUUGUCGAAUUUCUGCACAUUCUUCCUUUCAGCCUCCCCAUUGGCGAAUAAUUAUGUAGAUUAUGUCAUUAUACGUCGAUAAUUAUGUGGAUUAAGUUCCUAGAAACGAGAAAUUAUAUAGAAACCUUUAGUAACAGACCUUUUAAAUGUGAAAUUUGUCUUAAACAGUUUACUACAAAACGUUAUUUAAAUGUACACGUGAGACUUCAUACUGGGAAAAGACCUUAUAAGUGUGAAACUUGUCUUAGCGGUUUAGACAACGUAGUACUUUAAAUAAUCAUAUGACAGUUCAUACUGAGGAAAGACGUUAUAAAUGUAUAAUUUGUCCCAAGCAGUUUGCUCUAAAACGUUAUUUAAACCUACACGUGAGAGUUCAUACUGGCGAAAGACCUUACGAGUGUGACACUUGUUUUAAGCGGUUUAGUCAUCGUACUACUUUAAAUAAUCAUAUGAUAGUUCAUACUGGCGAAGGACCUUAUAAAUGUGACAUUUGUCUUAAACAGUUUACUAAACAACGUUAUUUAAAUGAACACAAUAGAAGUCAUACUGGCGAAAAACCUUAUAAAUGUGACAUUUGUCUUAAACAGUUUCGUGUAGAACGUUAUUUAAAUUCACACAUGAGAAACCAUACUGGCGACAGACCUUAUAAGUGUGAAACUUGUCUUAAGCGGUUUACUCACCUUAGUGCUUUAAGUCAACAUGUUCUAGUUCAUACUGGAGAACGACCGUAUACGUGUGAAGUUUGUCUCAAACAGUUUUCUCAAAAAGGUGCUUUAAAUAAACAUAUGAAAGUUCACACUGGGGAAAGACCUUACAAGUGCGAGAUUUGUCUUAAGCGGUUUAGUGAACGUAGCAGUUUAAAUAUUCAUAUGGCAGUUCACUCUGGUGAAAAACCUUAUAAUUGUGACAUUUGUCUUAACCCGCCGUUACACGCGUGUUCUAUUGUGACGUGGUUGCACGCGUAUGAGCGUCGCCCUCACCUACAUCAAUUCGACUUAUUUCGAGGAAGAAUGAAUGUCAACCUGUAUAAAUAUAAAAUGGGUUGUACUCACAUAUCGUGGAAAGUCUCGUAAACCAAUUUUUUUAUUAAUUUAGCAAAACAAAAGUAAAAAUAAUAUGAUAAGACAAAAGAGAUAAGUACACAAUUGAAAAGUUUUAAAAAUAUUGCACACAUCUAAAGAUAAUAAAUACAUCUACUCAGAUUCUUCCUCGGAAUUACACUAGUAAUUACAUUACAUUAAUUUUUGUGUGUUCCUUACAAAUUACAAAUUGAUCUUCUACAAUUUAGCUUGUAGCAUUUUGUCUGAGUUUCUCUGUUCUUCUUCUUAGGACAGUAUGCACAUUUAUUAGAUACUUGGUUCAUUUCUACAGGCUCUGCUUCAUCUCGAAUUCCCAAAUCGUCCCUUAUUUGCAUUCGAAACAAUACAGAGAUAGUUCUUAUGUUCGCGGCAAUUCAAUAUUAGUAUUUUCAUAAUAUUAUUAUUUUCAUAACCUUCGCUGUUUUCUUCAUUUUCAAUUUCAGCAAGCCACUGAAGUAAUUGACGUUCUUUACGAGAAUCCAUUUUACUAAAAAAGCAAAUUAAAAUUAAUAAUUGUUCUGAAGCUAUUUCGUUGUGGCAUUUAUGUAAUUAACUAUUAAUAUUGUGUAUUUUGAUAACGACGUCCGAGGUGCAUUUCGAAAUGUCAAUAAAAUCAAUUUCUCAAGUUAAAUUUUGGCUUAUUUCCCAAUUAGAAUAGGUAAAAUUAAAAAUGGGUUCUUAACCAGUGGCGCACCUAGAAUUUUCUUCUGGGGGGGUUGGCUUGGGCACCGAAAGUUUUUUGUAUUAUUUGUGAAAGACAAGUUACAUUUUCCUACUUUCUUUUAUAUAUAUUUCUAUAUGCUCUGGGAGGGAUUUUAACCCCCAAACACCCCCCCUCGGUGCGCCACUGUUCCUAACCUAACCUAAACAAUAAUAUCAUAAUUAAACUUACCCAAAUAUUAAACAAAAACCUAAAAGUUUCUUUGAAAUAACAGAAACGUGAUUUCACCGUGAUUGCACGCGCAGUGAGGAAUUCUCUCACUUGAAGAGGGAUGGUCAUUUCUUUCAAGUAUCACAGCAAACUGACCGCCUGAAAUAUUCUAUAAUUUUGUCAUACCCUCUCAUGGACGAUGCUAAAGGCAUUCCUGGGUGCUCAAGGUUAUCGUAUUAGUUAAGACAAUUUCAUUGGUUAUAAACAAAUAUGGUGAGGUAUUCCCUCAUAGCGCGUGUAAUGGCGGGUUAAGCAGUUCAUUACCAAAAAUUGUUUAAACAAACACAUGAGAAGUCAUACUGGCGAAAAACCGUAUAUGUGCGAGAUUUGUCUUAAGCGGUUUCGUCUACAUAGUACUUUAAGUAAACAUGUUCUAAUUCAUACUGGAGAAAGGCCUUAUAAAUGUGAACUUUGUAGUAAGCAGUUUAGGCAACAAAAUGGUUUAAAUUAUCAUAUGACAACACAGUGGAGAAAAGCAAUAUAACAGGAGUUAUAAAUGUGAACUUUGCUCUAAAGAUUUUCCUGUUAAAUCCUCUCUGAAGAAACAUAAUAUGUCAGUUCAUACUGAUGAAAGACCUUAUGAAUCUGAAAUUUGUGAUAAGCCUUUUACUCUGCUUAGUAAUUUAAAGCAGCAUAUGGUUGUUCACACUGGUGAAAGAGCUUAUAAAUGUGAAAUUUGUAGUAAGCAGUUUUCUCAUCAAUCGGGUUUAUACAGACAUAUGAAAACUCACAACGAAGAAAGACCUUAUACAUGUGAAAUUUGUAGUAAGCAGUUUACUACAAAAAGCUAUUUAAAUACCCAUAUGAAAUUUCACACUGGUGAUAAACCUUAUAAAUGUGAAAUUUGUUGUAAUCAGUUUACUACAAAAAGUUAUUUAAAUGUCCAUAUGAACGUUCACACUGGAAAAAGAACUUAUAAAUGUGAAAUUUGCCUUAAGCAGUUUACUCAACAAAUUACUUUACGUAGACAUUCAAAAGUUCACACUGAAAUAAAACCGUAUAAAUGUGAAAUUUGUCUUAAGCAAUUUUCACUACAAAGUAGUUUAAAUGAACAUGUUCUAGUUCACACUGGUGAAACACCUUAUAAAUGUGAAAUUUGUAGUAAGCAGUUUACAACAAAAAGUAAUUUAAAUGUCCAUAUGAACGUUCACUCUGAAGAAAGAACUUAUAAAUGUGAAAUUUGCCUUAAGCAGUUUCCUUAUAAAUCUAGUUUAAACAGACAUAUGAAAAUUCACACCAAAGAAAGACAUUAAAUGUGCCAUGCAUAUUGUGACAAGCAGAGCUGGGCAAUACCCGUGUACAAGUACCCGAAUUUUAUACUCUAAUUAUAUUUUGGGUACUCAGUAACCAGUACCUGAGUCCGUAUAGUACUUUUUGCAAGUCUAAACUUGUCGCUGCGUGUGAGACAGCAAAUUAAAUAACAACACGCAAAGCGCAGUAUUCAGUAUCAGUCCAUUCGAAAAAAGUAAACACCUUUUCUCUUAUGCCAUUAUAAAAUUAAUAGCCCUCGAAGAAAUGCUCUGAAGAACUGAUGAAACUUUGAAAAAUUAGUUAUUUAGAAAUUGAAUGUGAAUGUGGGCCAAAACAAUUUUGUUAAAAUAAUUUUGGCUAUUUGUUGAUCGAAAUUCCCAGUACUAUUUAUUAGGACCUAUUGGCGAGGAACAGCAAAGUGGGCGACGCCUGGUGGCGAAAUUGAAAAGCAUCAACUCAAGGAAAACAUUAACUUUGCCAUUAACUUGUGUACAUAUUUGCGGUCAGUUUAUGUUGUAAUUAACAAUAAUUUCGACUUAAAAAACUAUUGCAGUGUUCCUCAGUAUUCAUUCCUAUUAUACUCUACGUAAUGACCUAAAUUAACCAAUGCCAAAUCACACAUUUUGUUAAUUUAACGUUUGUACUAAACGUAGUAUUCUUUAAUGUUUAAGCGACUGCAAAAUUAAAUAAAUGAAUAAAAUGUAGUAUAUAUUCUGUACAUAUAAUGUACAUUGUUAUGAAAAAUAUCCCGACCACUUCGUAAUUUCCAGAACACAAUUAUUAUAAAAUAAAUUCACCUACUUAGUUUCCAAGUUUCCAGUUUUUAUUUAAUUAAACAUUGUUAUCUGUCGGUGUAAAAUAAACUGUAGUGCACCUAUUAAUUAAAUUAAAAACAAAAUUAGAAAUCCUAAGAUAGAUUAAUAAUUUUUAGAACGCUGUGUGAUUAUCGGGGGCCAGAUUUUUUUAUGAAAAAAAGGUAAAAACAAAUCAGUAGUUAGCAUCAAAUUUUAAUGAAUGCAUACAGAUUAAACAUAAUUUUGAGUCGUCUUUAACUUAUAAGAUGUCUUAGUUGCAAAACUUAGUGGUUACUUUGGCAAAACACUCCUGUAAAUGAUUUUAAUUUAACGUUUUAGAACUGUGAAUUCAAAUGACAAAAUGAAUUGUUUUCCUAGCGUUGUCGUCCAUCUUUGAAAUUUUGAGCGCCCUCUGUUGGAAUUUAAUUUUGCGAAUUGUAUCUGCCUAGACAGGAGAUUAAAUAAUCUGCAACGGGUCGGUGGUCACAAGGUUCCUAAAAUCCGAUAAUAAAAUGUAAAAGCUUUGUAAAAGAGAAACGUUGGUCACUAUUUAUAAGUAUGAUUUAAAUUAAUAAAGUGAGUUGAAAAAUUCUUUAAAAAGCUUAACAUUAAUCUGUUCUUUCCUUAGUAUAGUAUGUACCUACCUAGUUUUGUUUUAUAUUAGGAUAUUAAAAUAGUUUUAGUAGUUUCCGUUUAUGUAUAGAAUUAUAUUUGCUUUUAUUAACAAAAUAAAACAAAGUUCCAAUUAUCUUUUAUGUAUUUAUGGACUGCAAAAACUGGAAAUAUGUACCGGCCACCUUUCUAUAUCGGCCAAUAAUUCCUUCAUUUUUAGUGGCCGUUACUGACAGGUUUUACUGUAUUAAUCAAUUAUCAAUUUUUAAAAUUCUUAUUUUUUUAUUUAAGUUGGAAUUGUACGUUAUUUUAUGUUUUCAUGACUCAUAAAUAAAUAUGUUUAGAGAG